GAUUCGACCAAGCUUUGCUGGCUGCCCGCAACCGCAUAAAUGGCUGUGCGUUCCUAUCUCGGUUCGCAAAAUGACACGAUCAACUCAUAACACCAGGAGGGCAGCGGAAUAGCACGUCUGUGAACCCCAUCUGCAUUGGAGCAAUGCUGCCUCGGGCAGCCCUCCUCCUCUGCACCACACACGCGAGCUCCUGGUUCACCACAAAAAAACAACAACCGAAGCAAAGAACAAAACCAAAUAUCCUCGUGCUCCUCGCCGACGACCACUCCGCCGAGGCCCUCGGCUACCGCGGCAAAGCUAGAUUAAGCCCGCUCAUCAAGCAGCUCAACGUGACGCCGCAUUUAGAUCGAUUAUCAAAAGAAGGCAUUACAACGGACAACGCCUACACGAUCAACGCCUUAUGUACGCCGAGCCGCGCAUCAUUGCUGACAGGUUUCUACCCUAACAAGCACGGCGCCACACACUUAAAACCGGUGAGCAAGGGCAACGCCUCGGGCGUCCAUGACUACAUCGAAACCUACCCCGAGGUAUUACAAAGGCACGGCUAUGCCACUGCCCUGUACGGCAAGUACCACCUCAUGUCGCGGCCGCGGGGCUUCGACACGUACGAGGUCCUCCUCCACCAGGGCUCCUACGAGGACCCUCUAUUACUGAACCACACCCUCUCUGCAAAGAGGUGGAAGGCGCGCAUGAAGCUCUGGACGCGGAAGCGCUCCGACAACGGAGGCGCGCGCGCGGCGGGCCACACCUCGGACGUUAUCAGUGCGAAAGCGGCGGAAGCCGUCGCUUCGUUAGCAAAGCCGUGGUUAAUUGAAGCACACUUCAAGGAGCCCCACGAGCCCUUCCACUAUCCUCCACGCUACGAGGCGCUCACGGGGGCACCUGUUUUUGAUGCGUCGCGGGGCGUCUGGACGCUGCGGGGCUUCGACGUCGCCGAGCCGCCGACGCUAAUGCAACGCCCGACGCGCUGCCGCGGCAUCGACGUCUUCGCGAACCGGAGCCUCGCCAACGCGACGCGGCGCCGGACCUACGCCCAGCUCGUCGCGGACUAUUUGAGGACCCUGAAGGCGCUGGACGACGGCGUCGGCCGCGUGCUGCGACGCGUCGACGACGAGAAAACGCUCGUCCUCUACACUAGCGACCACGGCUACUUCCUCGGCGAGCAACAGCGCACAAUCAAAUAGCGGCGGUUCUCACAUAGUUGAUUUGCGCACAGGCGAGCACGGCUGCUAUGAUAAACGCUUGAUGCUCGACGAGGCGAUCCGUGUGCCUUGGAUCAUUCGGUACCCGGCCGUCCUCAAACCUCGUCAUACGAACUUCCUGGCGCGCUCCGUCGACGUCGCACCGACCCUCCUCGACUUCGCCGGCCUGCUAGGGAAGCGCUCCCUCGACGGCGUGUCACUAAGGGCCGCGCUCGCGGACAAGAAGGCGACGACGGGGACCACUUUGUACUACCGCUACUACGACGAGGCCAUGAAAGCAAGGGCGACGCCGCCGGCGCCGCCGUCGCACGUCGGCAUUCGAACAACACGAUGGAAGCUUAUUCUUUUUGACGGCCUGCGGUGUAGCCCCGGAUUCCGGAGGAGCGGCGCGGCCGCCCAAAUUUUUGCACUUUACGACUUAGAACGCGACCCGCGCGAAGCGACGGACGUCUACGCGUCCACUUCCACAAAAGUCGUCUCGAAAUUAAAGCGGGAGCUGCGGGCGGCGAUGGCCUUGUAUGGAGGCGAAAGUCACGUCAAGGCCGGCGCGCACCUGCCGCCGGACUGCCUCACGCUCGACUUCGGCACGCCGGACUUCGUCGACUGCCUCCGAACGACGCCGUGCGAGACGCCGGUCAUGAUUGCCGCGGACUCGGCGAAGGCGCGCCGGGAAAGGAUCGCGGCCGCCCGUCAGAAGUCGCUGGCGCGGGUCAAGAAC